GGCAGAGCUGACAGGACAACAGAUGGACAAAGUCAUGGACUGACCUACACUCACACACACACACACACACACACACACACACACACACACACACACACACACACACACACACACAGGACACUGUGCACACACAUAUGUCAUCCUUCCUCUCUCCUCUUACUCAUUACUUCAUCACUCUCCCUGUGAGCAUUUAUGCUUCACACUCUGCAUCCGGUGUCAUUCAGGCCUCACUCCUGUCCGCCCGUCUGUCUGUCCACCUGUCUGUCUCUCAGGAUGAAGACACCUCUCAGCCCCUCUCAGCUCCUGAAGAGGGGGCAGAUCUUUGCCUUCGGAGGGAUGUGUCAGGAGUUGAUGGACCCCCCAACACCUGCAACCAUCAGUCUCUCUGUCCAGCAGACUCCAUCCCCAGGUCAGGGUGGGGCCUAUUCGCUGUGUGAGGUGUGUAACCUGCAGCUGACAUCUGCUGCUCAGGCCCAGCUGCACUACAAUGGCAGGUCUCACCUCCGGAGAGUGAGACAGCUCCAGUCUAGAGAGACAGGACAACAAGCAGCAGCAGGGGCUCAGUCUAGGUCUCUUCCCCAGGCCACAGGGCUCAGCUCCCAGCCUGCAGGACUCACUCCGACCCCAGGCCUCAGUCCAAGCCUUAGCGCUUCAUCCAGCACGAUGGCAGGAGGUGGGUGUGGUGCAGUGGGCGGGGCAUUGCCAGGGCUAAUUGGUGCCAAUGGUCCCUCGGUGAUGAUGAAACCAUUCCUGUCGUUUCCUGUCGAGACGACAUCACCAGUCGGACUGUUCCCAAACUUCAACACGAUGGACCCGGUGCAGAAAGCCGUCAUCAACCACACCUUUGGCGUUACCUUUAUACCCAGGAAGAAACAGGUCAUCUCAUGCAACGUCUGCCAGCUGAGGUUUAACUCUGAUUCUCAGGCAGAAGCUCAUUACAGAGGCAGUCGUCAUGCCAAGAAGCUCAAGUCUCAGGAGAACAAGACCAAGGCCAAGCUGUCAAUCACUGGAGAGACCAAUGGGAGCAUCACAAGUCCUCUUUGCCCCGCCCCUCCUGUCUCAGCUAACAGAAGCAACGAUCAGCACACAGAUCUCUUAUCUAGCCCCAUGGACUCCUUUCCUCUUAAACCCUUCCUCCUCCCCUCCUGCUCCCCUCUCUCAUCCACCUCCCCCUCCUCUAGCAGACCAGGCAGUGAGCCUCCUCCCUCUAGUCCUCCCACCGCUCUCCCCGCCUCAGGCCUCUUCUCCUCUUCCUCCUCUUCCCCUUCUUCCCAAGCCUCUCCGCCUCCCCCUCCUCCAGCUCCUGUCACCUCCUCUUCAUCCCCUGCUGCUCCUCCUCCUCCUUCCCAGGCCUCUACCCAGAAUGCUCCUCUCUCAGUGGAGUCGGAGGAGGAAAAAGCGAAGAAACUGCUGUACUGCUCUCUGUGUAAAGUCGCCGUCAACUCUCUGUCUCAGUUGGAGGCUCAUAAUGCAGGCUCAAAGCACAAGACGAUGCUGGAGGCUCGGAGCGGUGCUGGGCCAAUCAAGGCCUACCCUCGAGCCGGAGCCAAGCUGAAGAACGGCAGCAGCUCUGCACUGAAGGGCUCCGGCCUGCAGAACAAAACUUUCCACUGCCAGAUCUGUGAUGUCCAUGUCAACUCUGAGAUCCAACUCAAACAGCACAUCUCCAGCAGGAGGCACAAGGACAGAGUGGCAGGAAAACCCAGCAAACCCAAAUACAGCCCUUAUAACAAACAGCAGCGCAGCUCACUUACUAAGGAAUUGGUGAAGCCCUCCCUCUCUCCCUCCUUCUUCUCAACUCCAUUUGCUCAUCCGCCCUCCUCUCUCUCCUCCUCCCCCCUCCUCACUCCCACCUCCUCACCCCUAACACCUACCAUCUCUCUCCAUCCUCGUCCUCCAACCUCCUCGUCCCUCUUCACCACCUCCUUCCUGCGUCCGGCUCCUGGACCAAUCAGAGCGAGCCAAGGAUCAAUCCUCUUCACACCCUACUGAUGGCAGCGUUGGCGGUGAGGAGUCGAACCGUUGACCUUUGACCUCAAGUUUGUUGGAGUGAGGGAAGAAGGGAUAUCAGCUCUGCCAUCAAGGCUGCAGGGAUUCAAACCUGCAACCUUCUCACUUGACUGAGGCUUCAAAAGGAAACUCGAAAGGACAGAACCUCCUCCUUCUGUCUGGAUCUUCUUCUCAGGUCUGAAACUUCACAGCUGACGCAACAGCAACCUGUGAUGAUUUUAUCCAAACCAGAAAGGAUCAGAGGCUGAAAGGCUCCCACACAUCCUUGAAAACGUUGGAUUUUUUUUUUACACAGUCAUGGAAAAGUCCUUUUUAGUAAGCAAUAAGUUGUCUUGGGAAAAAAAUCAGUAUGCCGCUUUUUUGUUGUCCUCAUUUGUCAUUUUGAUGCUCCAGAUUCAAAACAUCCAAAAGAAAGUAAAACGUUCAACUUGUGCAUGGAAAUAUACAGUAGAGAAUAUUUAUAUUUUUCUUUCUUUGACCUUUUUUUUACCAAAAAAGUACCCCAAAGUACAUCUUUGUGGCAGUCCAAAUGUACUGAAAAUAAAACUGGAGUUUGUUUUUAAUGUAUUUUGUUUUGACUAAGGUAACAAGGAUCAGAACCAGGAUUUGUGAGGAACCGGAAUUGACAAGCAGAAUUUAAAAAAUGUCUCAACGAUACCCAAAACCUAGACAAAAAGGCGGACAAGUUAGUCAGGUCUGGUUGGGUCGGGUCCUCAGAGUUUGGAGGAGGUUGUUUCUGUCUAAACAAAUCGCCUCUGAAAACAAGCUCUUCUUGCUCUUGCUGGAGGAGCUAACUAGCACCAACCUGAUGUCAGACAUCCUCCGUCAUGAACAAAUACUACUGCAGAUGUCUUCAUGUCAUAUUAACACUGGACUGAUGCCUCAGGUGUCCUCCCUCAGACGUCCCUGCACUCAUGUUCAACUCGUUCCUAACGUACAGCAGAAAAAUAAAUUAAAAGAUAAGGCAGGCAUUUUUCUAAAUUGUUCUUAUUGUUGACAAAUCCCAUGAAAAGACCAAACCCAA